CACGGAUUAUUUUACACCCCAGCUCUCCGCAGACCGCAGAACGAAUUCACAGCCAACUGUGUCAUCUUCCUUGCCUCCAUAAGCAACGUAACAUCGCGACAGCCCGUUCCCUCAUCAUGGCCAGCUUCGAUGUGGCGGCCCUUGGCUCCCUUGCCGUCGCCGGCGAUUCCGCUUCGCACCCUUUUACCUGCAACACCUGUGCGGUUGCAUACAGGAAUAUCGAUCUUCAAAGGGGUCAUAUGAAGAGCGAUUGGCACCGCUACAAUCUGAAGCGCCGAGUCGCCUCUCUCCCUCCCAUCUCAUCAGAGAUUUUUAACGAGAAGGUCCUCCAAGCCCGAGCAACACAAGAAGCCGCAGCAGAAAAGGCGUUCUUCGAGCGCACUUGCGAUGCCUGCGAAAGGACGUAUUCGAGCGAGAACGCCUACGAAAACCACAUCUCUAGCCAGAAACACAAACAAAGAGUGGCUGCCAUGAACCGGAGGGCUGGCAUCCCGGAUGACGCCAGUGUCAUGAGCUCUACUUUCUCUUUCGGCGACCCCAUUAUCGCAGAUAAGGAUGCUGCCCUGGAUUCCGAGGUGGAAGAAGAGUUCACUCAAGUCGUCGAAGGCCUGAAGCACGCCAACAUUGAGGACAGGGAACAGGGGCGUCCCUCGCCCGUGAAGCGACCUUCCAAUCCUCGGCCAUCGGCUCAGGGACAGCCGGAUCAAAAAGAAUCCGUAACCGACUCCGGCGACGGCCGCGAGUCCGGUGCCGCCACCCCGGUGGCUUCUGCCAAGCCCGAACUGGACUGGACCGUCAAGUCCUGCAUCUUCUGCAAUUACACCUCGCCCACCAUGGAACUGAGUGCCCAUCACAUGGAACGGUUCCACGGCAUGUUCAUCCCGGAGAAGCCGUACUUGGUCGACCUGGAAGGUCUCCUGCGUCAUCUCCUAGAACGUGUCCACGAAGGCCACCAAUGCUUGUUCUGCUUCAAGACCAAGGCUACCGCCUUUGCGGUCCAGACGCACAUGCGGGACAAGGGUCAUUGCAAGCUUCCGUUUGACACCGAGGAGGAGCAGUUAGACAUUGGCGACUUCUACGAUUUCAGGAGUACGUACUCGGACGGUGACGUAUCCGACGAAGAGGGGGAAGGGCAACAAAAGGGCGGUGCUAAGCUUGGAGGACGGCGCGCUGCCUCUAAGCUCACCAACCAGGACGGCGACGACGUCGUGGAGGGCGAAGAUGGUUGGGAGACGGAUAGCUCGGCCUCUUCUCUCGAUUCGGCUGAUCUCACGGCGGUGCCUGCUGAGCGUCACGACCAUCAGUACGAACGCCUUGGCAAGCACCCUCAUCAUACGAACCGAGACCCCCGAUCGCACCACCAAGCAGACGGAUGGCACUCGCACGCGCAUAGGCAUACCCACGCCGUUUUCUACGACGAAUACGAGAUGCAGCUCCCAUCGGGCAAAUCAGUGGGACAUCGAUCCCUAAACCGGUACUACCGACAGAACUUGCACAGUUAUCCCACGGCCGAGGAGCGUGCCGAGCGCCUGGCCAUCGAAGCUGCUGGCCAGAGUGACGACGAUGGCGAAAGUACGGAGACGGAAGGUAACGAGGAUCGUCGUGUGGCGAGGACCGACGGUAGUGCUCGUAAUGCUCGUAACGGGCGGGCCGUGGUACGCAGAGACGCGGCCGGCAUGGUGGGAGCCACUGGGCCGCAGAAGCGGGAGGUCGAACUGGCCGAGAAGCGGGGUCGCACAAUGCGUCUUCAGCGUGAGAAGCACAACGACUUCAAAUACGGCAAGAAGCUCAACAACCAGAAGACCUACUACUACAGAUACCAGAUGGGUGGUUGAACGAUUUCAAGUCUCCGGCUACGGGAUAUGGAAUAUGGACGGAGUUCUGGCGGUAUCUGGGAUCAUGUCGGUUAUGAGAUGCAUGAAUGGAGGAGGGAUGACAUGCAUGGAUGUGACGGGAAAACAUAGGAUCAUGUGAAAGUCACUGUUCUGUUUUGUUCUAUGCGAUGGAUGGAUGUAACUGGUUGAUCGGCAUGAAGACUCUCACGGAACGAUAUUCUGGGAUGUUGCACUUGACGCGGUCAUCAGUCGUCAGUGAUCAACAUCGACCAACAUGUCCUGUUGCGCAGCUUAGAAGAUAUCAUAUGUGUUAACGUAGAGAACAAGAAAAAAAAUACACUUGGGUAUCUCGGAACUAUCAACACUCCCCUACCC